AUGAGCUGGUACAAGAAAGAUCGGCCUGGAAUCAGGCCCGAGACCGAGAAAACUCCCAAAAAGGAAAAUUAUGUCCAAGUUCCACUGUCUUCGCCGAUUCAGAUCAAGUCGUCACCACAACAGCCUUCACUUCUACCACCAUCUCUUAAUAGCAAAUAUCUGUUAAGCGAAAAAGAACGCCAGCUAGAAACUAAGAGACAGGCUAUCAGACAGCACAAAGAUUUUUCUGUCGUUCGCAAACGUUUCUACUAUCUCAAAGAGAGUGAUAUUUUCAAAGGCUUUGUCAAGGGCAAGGGAAAUCUCCGUGAAAUCACCCAAUGGCUUACUGACAAUUACAACAAAGCCGAAAUCCUAGGAAAGGAAGAAGAGGAACGUAGACGGCAGCGCGAUGAAGCGGAAAGAGUGAAACAGAAACAGUUAGAAGACCGUAUGAAGCAUGAAUAUGAGAAACGCGAAGAGCUUGGAAUCUCAGAUGAUGAUGACGACGUCGAAGAAGUUGAUGAUGUAGACGACGAAGACGAAGACGAUGACGAAGAUUCUUUGCCCAUAAAAAUGCGUGGAAGAGUCGGAAUAAAGCGGGAGGACCGAUCUCCUACAAAGGAUGCGAUUCGUCACACAUUCAGCUCCCAGGAACACAGCACCAAAGUUGUCAGCAGUAAACCCAGGGUUUCCAUCUUGGAUAAAUACAAGUUCAAGUCCAAGAGCCAGCCUACACUCGACCACUUCAGAGGAGCCCUGGAUCUCCAGCCCAAGAGACGUAAACUUGUCAGAGCCUCAGCUUUGGAAGACGAUUCUGCCUCUUCUUCAGCCACAGGCUCACCAAUGUCUGCUCCAAACUCGCUAGCUGCGUCGUUUGCCUAUCAGUCAGACAGCGUACCCAAAAUGAAAAAGACAAUACUAGCAGACAAUGACGAUGAUUUGAGCGAUAUGAUUGUAGCAGACGAUGACUUGGAGCGUUUAGAAGAAAAGAUCAAACAGAACAUCAAAGCCAAGCGAGCUCAGAAGAACGAAAUCGUCACUGUCAGUGACGACGAACUUGAAGAAGAUGAUAUCAGUGACGACAUGUCAGAAGAAGACGACGAAAACAACUACCAAACUGGUAUUACUUCUAUUGAUAACCAGAUCUUGGAGUUCUUGAAUGAUGCACCUGUGGACGAUUUGAUUGAAAUCUGUACUCUCGAGCCGGAAGUUGCAAAGUUCGUCAUCCUGCAAAGACCAUUCAACACGAUAUACGAUGUUUCUGAAAAUAAUUUUGAACCAGAAGACGAAGCUAAGGCUAAGAACAGCAGCAGAAGAAGAAAGACUCUAGGCUUGAGAAUCAUAGAAAGCACCGAGUUUUCCUUAAAGGGCUACAAGGCUGUAGAUUCGCUCAUCAAAACCUGUUCCAAGUACGGUACUUCAAUCUCUAACCAAAUUAAUACUUGGGGUGUUACUACUACCGGACAGGGUGAGUUAUCUGUUACUGAUAUAGACCCUGCUGAUGAUGAGGUGAAGGAAAUUAUAGAUUUAGACGAAGAGAACGAUGACGACGAAGAAGAGGUAGUUGUGACCCAUUACAAGAAGAAGGGAUUGAGAUACAUCAAGCACAAGCCAGCAUUGUUGGCCGACGAAAUUACGUUGAACAAUUACCAACAAGUGGGCAUCAAUUGGCUCAAUUUAUUAUACCAAAACAGGUUGUCUUGUAUAUUGGCAGAUGAGAUGGGUUUGGGUAAAACAUGCCAGGUUAUUGCCUUUAUGGCUCAUUUAAAGCAGACCGAAGAAAAGAAGGGUCCUCAUUUGGUUGUCGUUCCAGCUUCUACGCUUGAGAACUGGUUAAGAGAAUUCAAUAAGUUCUGUCCCGACUUGAAGGUACAAGCUUACUAUGGUACAGUCAAGGAACGUGAAGAUUUAAGAUACGAACUUAGAGAAAUCGACUUUGACGUCUUGGUGACUACAUAUACGUUAGCAGCCGGUUCUCCGUUGGAUUUCAAAUUCUUGAGGAGUCAGAAUUUCAACAUCAUUGUAUACGAUGAAGGUCACUUCUUGAAGAAUUCAGGAACUGAAAGGUACAACAGAUUGAUGAAAUUGCAAGCCAAGUUCAGAUUGUUAUUGACUGGUACACCCUUGCAGAAUAACUUGAAGGAGUUGGUCUCCUUGUUGUCUUUCAUGUUGCCAAAAUUGUUCAACGAAAAGAAAGAAGACUUACAAGGUUUGUUCAACCAGAAGAUGGGUAAAGUUACUUCGUCAUCAAAGUCAGACAACUACAAUCCCUUACUCUCGAUUCAAGCCAUCAGAAAGGCAAAGACAAUGAUGACUCCGUUUGUCUUAAGACGUAGAAAGGACCAGGUUCUUCAACACUUGCCAGCCAAGUGCCAUGAGAUAGUGAAGUGUGACUUGUCCAAGGACCAAAGAAGUAUUUACGAUGAACUUUACAAUAAAGCUAAGUCCACCAGAUCAGAAAGGGAGAGAAGAAAACUUCUUAGUUCCAAGGAGCAGGUAGAAUUAAACAAGAAGCAACCGAUUGAGUCUUCUUCCAACGUAUUGAUGGCAUUAAGAAAGGCUUCUUUGCAUCCUCUUUUGUUCAGAAUCCAGUAUACUGACGAGAAACUAGCCAAAAUGGCCAAGGCUAUCAUGAAUGAGCCAGAAUACGUGGAAGCCAAUCAAACAUAUAUCUUCGAGGAUAUGCAAGUCAUGUCAGACUAUGAACUCAACAAUCUUUGUGCUAAAUUCCCUAAGACUAUGUCCCCCUAUAAAUUGAACGAAGACGCCUUUCUCAAUAGUGGAAAAGUAUUGGAAUUGCAAAAGACAUUGAAGCUAAUCAUCGAGGGCCGGCAAGAAAAGGUCUUAAUUUUCUCUUUAUUCACCCAGGUGUUGGACAUAUUGGAAAGAGUCUUGACUCAGUUCAAAUACAAGUUCGUUAGAUUGGACGGAGCCACUUCUGUCGAAUCAAGACAGGAUAUUAUUGACGAAUUCUAUGACGAUGAAACAAUUCCAAUUUUCCUUUUAUCUACCAAGGCCGGUGGAUUUGGGAUUAACUUGAUCGCCGCCAACAAUGUCAUUAUUUUCGAUCAGUCAUUCAACCCUCACGAUGACAAGCAAGCCGAGGAUCGUUGCCAUAGAGUGGGCCAAAAGAAGGAGGUCACAGUGUACAAGCUCAUUGUCAACGAUACAGUCGAGGAAAAUAUGUUGAAGUUGGCCGAGAACAAGUUGCAGCUUGACCAAACCAUUAGUGCCGAAGGGGCCGAAGAGGCUAAGUUCGAGGAGAAGGCAGCCUCUUUGUUUGAAAAGUUGCUCUUUGAAUAG